UGUCAAUUGUCAGAGAGACAACAGCGUGAAGCGCAGCUCGCAGUCCUGCAGCAUCGCUUGCAAACCAAAACCGCAAGAGUAAACAUCUUCAUGCUGUGGAUUGCUCGUAUUUUCAUGACGGAUUGUUGAGUUUUAAUGCUGUGCGUAAAAGGGAUAUUGGGAAACGAUGGAUUUGCUUCUUGUUGGAGAUCCUGGAGAAUGCGCAUUCAUGGAAAACGUUACUACUUUGGAUGUUAGAGGAGAACUGUUUCUCAUUGUGAAACAAUAAAAGAAGUCCCUGCAGGUAUGAACAUGACAGUGGAGAUGAGAUUUCUACCGCCCACCAUCCCGUCGAUUAUGUUCAUUUUCGGGGUGGUGGGGAAUGUCAUCGCUAUAGUGGUUCUGCGGAUAUCAAGAAAGGAACAAAAGGAAACGACUUUUUAUACACUCGUGUGUGGCCUGGCAGUGACAGACCUCCUGGGCACGCUGCUGGCCAGUCCUGUCACCAUCGCGACCUACAUGAGGGGCGAAUGGCCGGGAGGUGAUCCGCUGUGCCAGUACUCCGGCUUCAUCCUGCUCUUCUUCUUCUUGGUCCAGCUCAGCAUUGUGUUGGCAAUGUCAGUGGAGAGAUACUUGGCAAUAAACCAUGCAUAUUUCUACAACGAGUACGUCAACCAAAAACUCGCAGCGCUCACUCUUUUGGCCAUUUACAUUUCCAACAUCGUGUUUUGCGCGCUGCCCAGUUUGGGGUUCGGGAAGGUGACGCUUCAGAAACCAGAGACCUGGUGUUUCAUCGACUGGCAGAACAACAACACAACAGUCGCUGCUUUUAAUUUGAUGUACGCGGGUGUGAAUUCAGUCAUCGUGCUGGCCACUGUCAUAUGCAACGUGAUGGUGUGCGGGGCUCUGAUCCUGAUGCACAAGCGGUUCAUCCGCCGCACGUCUUUGGGCACGGACCAGAGGCGCAUCGCGGAGCUCAGGCGCAGACGGAGUUUCAGACGAUUAGCUGGAGCGGAGAUCCAGAUGGUGAUCCUACUCAUAGCUACCUCCGCUGUGGUUCUCAUAUGCUCCAUACCGUUAGUGCUGAGGAUCUUUGUGAAUCAGCUGUACGGAAACCAGACAGAAGAGCCUUCCGGGUUGAAUAAAGACCUGCUGGCCAUCCGCAUGGCCUCCGUCAACCCCAUCUUAGACCCUUGGAUCUACAUCCUGCUCAGAAAGACAGUGGUCCUCAAGCUGAUGGAGAAAAUAAAGUGUCUGUUCUGCAAAAUGGGCGGGCGGGGUCGAAGGAACGGCGGGCAGUUCCGCUGUGCCGAAGGCCGCUUCUCCUCCUCCAUCAUCUCACGAGACUCUCCCUCGAUGGUGUCACGAGAGCUGAAGGAAAUUGUGUGCACCUCACAGACCUUCUUGUACCCGUCUGAGGGAACCACGAGGUCAUCUCAUGCAGGGGCACAGGGCGGCUCCAGCCCACCAGUCGCACAGACGUUACAGGCCCAGGAGGUCGAGGGGCCUCAAAGGGAGCUUUCACACAGUGAAUUAGGGGACAGAGCGGCAGGCGAGCCACUGAAAGAGCUUCUGAUGUGUCGCAAGGACCCGGCUCUACAUGUGACCUUCACGGAUGAGACUGCGAACAUGCAGGAGAAAUGCAUAUAACAGUUGGCAUGAUCUCGAAAAGCAUUCGUCACUGUAAUAGAAAUGUCCUGGGACUUCAGGUAGGAAUGAACAAAGACAGGAUAACAAAGGACACGCAUCUGAAGACUGAGUAAUCAUCCAUCAAUCUGUAGAUAUGUUGCGGCAUGCUAUUUGACAAAUGUAUUAUUGAACUAAAUAAUGUAUUACUCCUCAGUCAUAACUUACCACAAAAACCAUAUCGCUAAAUACACUUCAGUAGAAUCACGACAUCAACUAAACCACGGAGAACAACAUGACGUUGUAGAGGAGCUCUUCUGUUGCACUUUUUGUUAAACCACUGCGAGGCUGUUUUCACAACCUGCCAGAUGACUAUAACAAAUGAAUAAUAAAAUGUGAAAAGUGUACAUAAUGUUAAUUUAUUGUAAGUAUGAAAUUGUAUUGUUUCAAUUGUAUUGUUAUUGUCUUCUCUGUGAGAAGGUUCAGAAAGUUUGGAGCCAUUUUAAAUUGGUACAAGAUGAAUAUCUUCUGGUUUUUUGUUUUAUUUUGUGGUGAGCAGACACAUUUGCAAACAAUUUGGUCCAAUUGGUUGACAGAGGAGCUGCCAUUCAUGCUAGAAUAAUACCAUGCCCUGCAUUUCAUAACAAAAGGCAGCUAUGGCUUUUCCACUAUGCAGACACGGGAGGACGUUAAGAGGCCUUCUAACAUAACGUGUUAAUAUAAAAUCAUUCAUUUACUCUUUCCAGCCCAUUACUUUGUAAAGAUUAAACCAACUUCAUCUCAUUUUACUUCAAUGUAAUGUGUAAUUCCUCUCUUCUAAUUAGACUUUAUAGGGGAAUUAAGAAGAGAAAAGAAAAACACACAUUUCCUGUCUGAUGAGUUUAAAGGUUUUUACCUUUUCUUUCAAUGGAUUUCUUAGAUAGAGUUCUAUAAAGAUUGAUAUAAAUACCAUGUUCAUAUUUCAAUGUUAAAGUUGUUGUUGCAGCAACAACUGAUGUCAAAUUUACCACAAAAAUGUUAAAUCUCUUGUGAAAAGACGAAUGUUGUACCGAACUCUUAAAUACACAGAAAAUAAAAGUUGGUAAAUAUUCAUAUACACUUGUGUCACUUUUUUUGGUAUGGUUCAGAAUGAGAGUGAAGUACGUUGAUAUGAUAUUUCUUAAAUAUUCAUGGUGAAUAUGUAGAGUGUGAUGUAAAAUAGGA